GUAAACAAUACAAUGGCUCUCUUGAGUCUUUUAAUUAUUUUUAUUAAUUAUACUCAUAAAAAUAUUUUAAAAAAAAAUGUAACAUAUUUAAGAAUUAGAGUCUAUUAAUAAUUGUUUACAUAUGUAGUGAAGUAGUUUUUUACCAUAAUUUUUUUUUCUUUCAAAAAUGUGCAAUAAUUACACGAGUCAUUUACAAUUGAAAAUUUUAAUUCAAAUAUCAAAUUACUAUUACUAUUAUUAUUAUUAUUAAACAAAUAUAUUUGCAAAAAUCAAAAAAUGCAGAAUUCUAAUAAAAAUUCUGAAUAUUCAAAACCAUCGACUUCUAAAAUAAAUUAUGAUUCUCAUUUUGAUAAAGAGAAUAUUAAAAUUUCUAAAUCAAAUACAAAAGAAGAAUCUCUUCUUUUUAAAAGAUCAACAAGAAGGAAAAAAAUUAAAUCAAAUGAAGUUGUAAAAUUAAAUCUUGAAGAAUUAAAUAUUUUGGAGAAUGAAAAUGAAUUGGAUUCACCUAUUGGAAAUGAAAGUUUUAAUAGUAAUAAUGCUUUAAAUACAAAUAUAUUUGUUGUUUCAACACAAGAAGCUACAAAUUGUACAAUAAUUGACUCACAGGGGUCUUUAGAUCAAUUAAAACUUGCUAAUUGGGGUUUACCUCGCUCAAUUCUUAAGAAAUACGAAUCGAGAGGAAUUAAAUCAAUGUUUCCCUGGCAAGUUGAAUGUUUAUCAAAUGAAAGAAUAAUUAGAGAAAAUAGAAAUCUCGUUUAUUCAGCGCCAACAUCAGCUGGAAAAACUUUAGUCGCUGAAAUUUUACUUAUAAAAACAGUUUUGGAACGAAAAAAGAAGGCAAUUUUUAUUUUACCUUUUGUUUCAGUAGUUCGUGAGAAAAUGUUCUAUUUUCAAGAUUUACUUUCUGAUAGUGGAAUAAGAGUUGAGGGAUUCAUGGGAAGUGUAGUUCCCGCUGGUGGUUUUCAAUCAGUAAAUAUUGCAAUAGCAACAAUUGAAAAAGCAAAUACAUUAAUAAAUCGUUUAUUAGAAGAGGAAGAUUUAAUGUCAAUUGGAGCAGUUGUUAUUGAUGAACUUCAUCUUCUAGGCGAUUCAAAUCGUGGAUAUAUUUUAGAGCUUUUACUCACAAAACUUCGAUACAUAACACUCAAAUAUGAAGAUAUAAAAAUACAAUUAAUUGGAAUGUCGGCGACACUACCGAAUUUAUCAAUGUUAGCCGAUUGGUUGGAUGCUGAAUUAUAUAAAACUGAUUUUCGACCAAUUCCACUUGAUGAACAAUGCAAGAUCGAUUCAAUAAUUUAUAAUCGUCAAUUAGAAUUAAUUAGAGAAUUACCCAUAAUUCCGGAAAUAAUAAACGAUGUUGAAAAUAUUAUACAACUUUGCAUUGAAACUAUCGAAGGUGGUCAUGGAAUAUUAAUAUUUUGUCCCACAAAAAAUUGGUGUGAAAAAUUAGCUCUACAAAUGGCGUCAGCAUUUUUAAGCAUAGGUCGUUCUGAUUCACAAUUGGGGCAAGUUUUACAAAAAAGUUUAGAUGCAUCGGCAAUAUUUGAAACUCUUGAACAACUUAAAAGAACGCCAACUGGUUUGGAUAGUGUUUUAAAAAAUACAGUUUCAUUUGGAAUUGCUUUUCAUCAUGCUGGAUUAACAAUAGACGAACGUGAUAUUAUUGAAGGAAGUUUUAGAACUGGCUCUUUAAAAGUACUUGUGGCAACUUCGACUUUAAGUACAGGUGUUAAUUUACCAGCGAGAAGAGUUAUAAUUCGUUCGCCUUGUUUUCAUAAUAAACCAUUGGAUACACUUUCCUAUCAGCAGAUGAUUGGACGCGCUGGUCGCAUGGGAAAAGAUACUGCUGGGGAAAGUAUUCUUAUUUGUAAAUCAAAUGAGAAAGCAAUUGCUGUAAAUUUAUUAACAGCCUCUUUAAAGCCAAUAGAAUCUUGUUUAGAAGAUUCUGGACCAUUAAUGCGUUCUCUUCUCGAAGCAAUUGCCAGUGAUAUUGUACGAACUCCCGAGGAUCUUGAUUGUUAUAUAAAAUGUACAUUCAUUAAUUUACAAGAGGAAGGCGAGGGUUCAAUAUCAAAUGCAGUAAAAGAGGCAGUUCAAUUUUUAGUGAUUAAUGAAUUUUUAAUGUUACAAGAGAGCAAAGAGGAACAUUUAAAAAGAUGGAGCGCAACUCCUUUGGGAAAAGCGUGUUUAUCGGCUUCAGUUCCACCGAAAGAGGGUUUAUUUCUCUUUGAGGAAUUAUUAAAAGCUCGAAAAUGUAUUGCAUUGGAUACGGAACUUCAUGUUGUUUAUUUGGUUACACCUUAUAAUGCAGGAUCGCAAAUUGGUCAAAUUGAUUGGAUGAAUUAUUUAGAAAUGUGGUCAACAUUGGCUGAACCGGAAAAAAGAGUCGCAAAACUCGUUGGCGUUGAGGAAAGAUUUUUAUUAACUGCAGUGAGAGGUGGCAUCGCUCCAGGCAAAAGUCUGAAUAUUCACAAGAGAUUUUACACUGCACUUGCGCUUUACGAACUUGUGAGAGAAAUUCCUUUGUAUAAAGUUUGUAAAAAAUUCGGUUGUGGUCGUGGAUUACUUCAAAGUUUGCAACAAUCGUCUUCAACUUAUGCAGGAAUGAUUACAAGUUUCUGUAAACAAUUAAAUUGGAAUUGUAUGGAAUUGCUCGUUGCUCAAUUUCAAACUCGUUUACAAUUUGGAGUCAGUAGGGAUUUGAUGGAUUUAUUACGAAUUCCAAGUUUAAAUGGCCUGCGAGCAAGAAGUCUUUAUAAAGAAGGCAUAACUACAAUUGUCGAAUUAGCCGUUGCAAAUGAACUCGAAGUCGAACGAGCUUUACAUAAGGCACUUCCAUUUGAAAGUGAAAAGGAACAGAACGGAGAAGGUCAAUUUGAACUUGCGAGGCAAAAUAAAGUGAGAACAACUUUUAUAACCGGUAAAGAUGGUCUCACAACUCGUGAAGCGGCCGCACUCUUAAUUCAAGAGGCUCGAACUCUUCUUCAAAAUGAAUUGGGAGUUCGUGAUGUACAAUGGGAGGAAAAAGAAGUGAAUUCGAAUAGAAUUGAAGAAAAUGCAGAACUUUCAAAUAAAGCCAAAGACAGUCAAACUGUAAUAACUCAAAAUUCUUCAAUUAAAAAUAUUAAUAAAUCCAAAAAAGAUACGAGAAAUAAACAGGAAUUAAGCAUUGAAAAAACGAAAAUUUCUCAAAAAUCUCAAGAAAAUGAAGAAAGUCUCUCAAUUCUCGAGCCACUUGUUCUCUCGGAGAGUGAUUUACCAAUAUCGCAAAAAAGUGUUUAUGAAAAUAUUGAUAAAGAAGUAGAAAAUGCAUUAGAGGAGGCCCUCGUCAAUAAUGUUUUAUUAGAGGAAGAAAAGAAAAGUAAUGAAUCAUUUGAAAGUCAAAAUUUAUUUGACAGUGAAUAUUCAGUCAAUGAUUGCAGUGCCUUGGAACAAAAUGUUUUGGGUUCAUUACGUUUAUCUGAUUUUGAAGCAACAAAUAUUUCAAGAAAACGAUCAAGUACCUGCUCACAAUUAAAUUCAAUUGAUCAAGAAACAUCAAAAAUUCCAAAAACAAACGAUUUAUCGAAACAAAUACCACAAGCCGAAGAAUUAAAUGAAAAUAUUGAUUUGGAAUUAACAUUCUUUGGUGAAACUGCAUUUAAUACAAUUUUAGGAGAAAAUCAAAUUAAUCUAAACGAGAGAAAUAUUCAUGAGACUUCUGAUUUUGAAUUAGCAGAGAAAGAAAAUUCAAAUCCGCUAAUUUUAAAAUAUAAUAAUAAUAAUAUUCCAGAAAUUUCUGGAGUUCGUCUCUCUGAAUUCGAAGUAACACAAAAUGAAUCGAACAAAAUUAAAGAAACUUCAACAAAUUUACAUGAAAUUAAAGAAAUUGAAAAUAAUAAAAAUAUUCUUUCAGGAAUAAAUGUUGCCGAUUUUGAAAUUUCAGAUAAAAUAAAUACACAAAAAAGUAAUGAAAUUGAAAAUAAAAAUAUUCUUUCAGGAAUAAAUGUUGCUGAUUUUGAAAUUACGAAUAAUACAAAUCCAAACGAAAGUAAAAUUGUAAAUGAAUCUGAUAAAAAUGUUCUUUCAGGAAUAAAUGUUGUCGAUUUUGAAAUUACAGAAAAUUCACACGAAAAUAAAGAAAUUGAACCUAAGAAAAAUGUUCUUUCAGGUAUAAAUGUUUCUGAUUUUGAAAUUACAGAGAAAAUAAAUAGUACAGUAAUUUUAAAUUCAGAAGCGAGUGAUUUAACAAUAAGCAAUUUAGCAAAAUCCCAUCAUGAAUCAUCAUUGAGAACAACUAAAGAACUUUUAUCAGGAAUUAAUUUCUCCGAUUUUGAAUUAAGCAAACAAUCGACAUCUAAAACGAGAAAACAAAUUCAAAUUAAAAACAAAGAUAAAAACAAAGAACAACAAAUUAAAGAAAAUCAAAAAUUAAAAGAAACAACAAAAAAAUCUAAUAAUGAAAAUUCAAAUUUACCGAGAAUUAAAUCAAAUAUAAAUAUGAAUAAUUUGGAAAUAACAAGAGUCAAAGUUCCAACAAAAACAUCACAAGAAUCAAAAAUAAAACCCGAUAAUUUAUCCUAUUGGGAUCAAGAUUCUUGGGAUAGUGUUAAUUUAAAUAAAAAAGAUUCUAAUAAAGAAAAGAAAAAUAAUUUGAAAACAAAUGAAACGAUAACAAAAAAGAAAACAUUAUCAAAAGAUGUGAAAAAAGUUACAAAAACAAUAAUUGGAAAAAGAAAAUUUUCUGUAACUGAUCAAGGUUCACCAAUUGCGAGUAUUGAAACUUUUGAAAAACGAAGAACAUCCGUUGUAUCAACUGAUUCAGAUUCGGACGAUAUGUUUGCAUUACCAAAAAAAAUUAAAUUAUCCCGUCGAAAAACUGUUAUUAAUAAAAAUAUCGAGAAAAUUGAACCAAAAAAUUUGGCAAUGACAGAUUUUGCAAAACCAGGUCCAAGUAAAAUAGAAAUGAAAAAUAGUGAAAAAUUCAUUAGAUCAAAUUUGGCAAGUAAUUCAAGUUUUGAUGAUAGUCUUAUAUUUUCAGAUGAUGAUAGUUCAAUAGAGAUUUCAAUAGAAAAAAAGAAAAUUACAACAUCAUUGAAUGAUCGUAAUAAAUGGAAACCGGCUAAUAUUAUUUCUAGCAAAAAAACAUUAACAAUUUUAAAACAAAAAUUAACAAAACGAAUUGACAUUGCAUUUGCACUUGAUUUAGAAACAAUAGUUGAAGAUAAAAUUAUCAUUGGUGCAAGAAUUAUCGGUGUUGAAAAUAAUGAUGAGGGUAGAAAGUCAAAAAAUGAAAAAUUUGUCUACAAGGAUAAAAAACUUUGUGGAAUAACUAUUUCAUGGGGAUUUCAAGCACUUUAUUAUAUUCCACUUAAUAAUGAACCAGAAAUAAAAUUAUCACUGAAGGAACGUGUGAAUUUUUUAACUGAACUUUUAACGAAUUCUUCAAUGAAUAUUCGAUGUUUUUUAGCAAGAAAAAUUUAUAAAUUAAUUUAUCAUUGCUGUGGAAUAAUUUCUUUAUGUAAAUUUAUUGAUCCAAGUGUUGCCGAUUGGGUACUUAAUUCCGAGGGCAAAAAUAAAAAUAUAAAUUAUUUGGUUGCAAAAUAUUAUCCAAUUGCUCAUGAUUAUUAUGAAAAUCGUAAUCAAUUUGAAAAUAAUAGUGAAUUUAUGGAAAAUGAAUCAACAAAAGAAGCUGUACUUAUUUGGCAUAUAACGGAAGUACUUUUAAAACAACUUCAUGAAAAGAGUAUGACAUUAUUAACAACGUUUAAAGAUGUUGAAAUGGAUGUUUUGUCAGUUUUAAGUAGAAUGGAACUGAGAGGUUUGGGAAUAAAUUUACCGGCUUUAAAAGAAUUAUCGGAUGUAAUUAAACGUGAAAUAUCACUUUUGGAAAAAAAAGCUUUUUACUUAGCUGGUAAAAAAUUCAAUUUCAUGUCAUCCUCAAAUGUUGCUCAGAUUUUAGGAUUACAAAAAGGAAAACGAACCUCGACAAGUAAAACUGUUUUGGAACAAUCCGAUCAUCCAAUUGCAAAAUUAAUUAUAUCGUGGAGAAAAUUAAGCACUCUUCAAUCAUUGGUGGUAAUACCACUUUUGAAUGAUGCGAAAAAUUCACGAAUACACGGCUCACAUAUAACUCAUACAUUAACGGGUAGAAUUUCAAUGCAAGAGCCAAAUUUACAAAAUAUUCCCAAAGAUUUUAAUUCCGAGGAUAAUACAUUUGUAAUAAGUAUUCGAAUGGCAUUUAUUCCAACUGUUGGAAAUAUUAUACUUUCCGCUGAUUAUUGCCAAUUGGAACUUCGUGUAUUGGCUCAUUUUGCAAAUGAUUUAUUACUUCGUUCAAUUAUGAGACAAGAGGGAAGUGAUAUUUUCAAAAGUAUUUCGGCAAAAUGGAAUAAAAUCAAUGAGGAUAUGGUAGACGAUAAAAUUCGACAGAGAACGAAACAACUUUGCUAUGGAAUGAUUUAUGGAAUGGGAACAAAAUCACUUGCCGAAAGUUUAUCGGUAACUGAAGAUGAGGCUAAAGAAUUUUUGGAAACAUUUAUGAGGACUUUUAAAGGAAUACGUUUAUGGCUAUCAAAUGUUAUUGAAAGAGCGCGUAUCGAUGGUUAUAUAACAACAAUAACAAAACGUUGUCGAUUAAUUCCAGGCAUAUGGAGCGAUAAUCGUUCUGAGAAAUCACAAGCAGAACGACAGGCAAUAAAUACAAAAAUUCAAGGAACAGCGUCGGAUAUUGCCAAAAAAGCAAUGGUUCUAAUUGAUAGAAAAUUGCAGGAAGAAUUUUUCACAAGUCCUGUGAUUUUUCCUUCAACACGAAUAAAAAGAAAAUUACGUAGUUCGGGAUCAAAUUGUGAAUUUAGUGGCGCUUAUCUUGUUUUACAAUUACACGAUGAAUUAUUAUUUGAGGUGAAUGCAAAUGAUUUACAUCAUGUUGCUAAAUUAGUAAAAGAAUCAAUGGAAAAUGCUUAUAAUCUUGAAGUGCCAUUACCAGUAAAAUUAAAAGUCGGACCAGCGUGGGGCGAUCUCAAAGAAUACAAUUUUUAAAAAUUAAUCCGACUAUAGUGUUGAAAAUUUGACCUAUUUUUUUUUUUUAUAAAAGUAGGCAAAUUUUAUUUUUUGGAAAUAUUUUACUUAGAAAAAAUUGUUUUUAUAUUUUAAAUUUAUUAAUUAAUUUUAUUAUUUAUAUUAGUAUUUUAAGGAAAAGAAAUUUUUUUCACAUAGUGUGAAUUUAAUACCAUUUAAUGGUCGAUUUUUAAAAAAUAAUUUCAGUAUAUUUUUUAGUAAUUUAAAACUUUUUAACAAGUCUCAAAUUAUAAUUUAAUAAUGUACACUGAUUUUUUUUUCAAUCUUUUAUUUUUAAAAAUGUAAUUAAAUAAUUAAACAGAAUUUGAUUAGA